AUGUCAGAAUAUAAAGAAAAUAACACUGAAACAAAGGUGGACAAUACUUUAAAUACAAAUACUAAUGAAGAGUACGCUUAUUUAGAUCGUGGCGGAUUUUCUUCGGAAAAGUUUAAAAUCGAAGUUCGUGGAUUACCAAAAUUUUAUGGAAUAGCAGAAUUAAAAAAAUUAAUGAAUCAAAAACUUGGGUUAAAUACAAGUAAAAUCAAGAGACCAAAGAACGGCAGUCAUUGGUUGUUUGCUUGUUUCCAAAAUGAUGAAGAGCGUACUAAAGCCAUUGCUGCGUUAAAUGGUUAUUCAUGGAAAGGAAAGACAUUAAUAGCUGAAAUAGCAAAACCAGCACCUGAUCCACUGGUAAGAAAGAGAAAACAGGAGGAAGACUCAGUACAACUUAAGAAAAAGAAAGAGAAUGAAAAUAAAAGUCAAGAAGAAAGGUUGAAAGAUGCUGUUAUACCUUACUGGAAUAUGCCUUAUGAAGAGCAGCUCAAAUUAAAAGAAAAUGAAAUAAAACAGUUGCUGAUGAAAUUUGACAAUGAAAUUUGGAAGAUUUAUAAAGAUAAAAGAAGCACAAUUGAGUCUAAUCGAAAAUUGUAUAAUGGAGUAAGCUUUGAAGUAAAGCCUAUACAAAAGUCCCCUGUAACUGAAGGUUAUAGGAACAAGUGUGAAUUCACAGUUGGAAUAGACGAGGAAACAAAAAAUCCUACUGUUGGUUUUAGACUGGGCAGCUAUGUAACUGGUACUGUAGGUGUGGCAUCAGUCGCAGGGAUGAAACAUAUACCUGAAAAGACAAAGAAGGCUGUUCUUUUAUUCCAAGAAUUUGUUCGAAAAUCGGAUAUGACGCCAUUUUCACCAGCAGAUUAUUCUGGUUUUUGGAGGUACCUCACUGUGAGAGAGUCUACGUAUUCAGGAGAUUUGAUGCUGAUCAUUGCAAUGCAUCCACAGGAUUUAACAGAAGAAAAAUUAGAAGAACUUAAGAGACAGUUAGUGGAACACUUCAGUUCAGAAGAAGCUGUUGCAUGUGGCGUUAAGUCAUUGUACUUUGAACUAUUAACUAAAAGGAGGGUAGGCGAAGACGGGUCCAAGCCGGUUCACUUGCUGGGCGACACGCAUAUAGUGGACGCGAUACUCGGCAGGCAGUUUAGGAUAUCGGCGGAGGCGUUUUUUCAGAUAAAUACAGCGGGAGCAAAAAUUCUGUACCAGAGCGCCAUCGACAUGAGUCAAGUGCAAAGAGACUCUACAGUAGUGGACAUAUGCUGCGGCACCGGCACCAUCGGGCUGUGUUUUGCUAAGCACUGCGAAAAAGUCCUCGGCUUGGAACUGGUAGCAGAAGCGGUUAAAGACGCCAAAUCAAAUGCAGAGUUAAACAACAUUGAGAACUGUGAGUUCUUCACUGGCAAGGCAGAGGACAUCCUGCCCUCCGUCCUCGCGCGGGCCUCGGGCGAGGACAUCAUUGCUAUUGUUGACCCUCCUAGGGCUGGAUUACACAUGCGAGCAAUAACACAGUUACGCAAUACGAAGAGGGUAAAACGGCUGGUGUACAUCUCGUGUAGCCCAGCAUCCGCUGUUAAGAACUUCGUGGACCUCUCUCGCCCCUCAUCUAAGACCCUGAGGGGGUCCCCCUUCGCCCCCGUCCGGGCCGUGCCCGUGGACAUGUUCCCUCACACCAGGCACGUGGAGCUCGCUGUUUUGUUCGAGAGAGAGGCUCCGUCUGGCUCGGAAGAGGCUGAUAUUCCAGAAACGCAAGGAAAAGAAGAUGGAAUUAAUGACACUGCAGAAGAAAAUAAUGACACUUUACCUGUACAGGCAUCUGACACAAAUGCUUCA